CUCAAGCAUUUGUGCAGUUCACCAGCCUCUGAAGCCACCACAGAAUCUCCAUGUCUUUCAGGUCGAAGGAGAUCGAUGCUUCUGACAGCGAAGACGAAUUUACCCGAAGAGCCAACCGCAUGGUUUCCAGGUGGUCCGGGGAGCGUCAGUCUGGUGCUCCAGAUCGGACCCAAUUGAAGAGCCAUGUGCGCAGCCGGGAGGAUGAAGCUGCCAGGGGCCGUGUGAAAGUGCUGGGCCGCCACAUCUUGGAACCUCAACGUCAGGUACCUAUCCUGGACAGAUGUGAAGUCUUGGUUGUGGGGGCAGGACCUGCAGGCCUUUCCGCAGCCUUGGGUGCUCGCCGCGCUGGAGCAGAUACGAUGCUGCUGGAGCGCUAUGGCUGCUUCGGAGGCACCAUCACCACAGUUGGUAUGGAGACGCUGGGAUGGUACCGAUAUGAGGGAACCGAAGAUUGCGAGGGAAUUGGACGCGAAAUGGAACGAGUGGCGGAACGCAUGGGGGGUACUACGAAGUGGCCCUACAAUGACUCAGACUGCUUAGACGCAGAGAAGUUCAAGCUGGUUGCUGAUAGCCUCAUCAAGGAAUCUGGAGUCCGACCUAUUCUUCACAUUUGGGUAGUUGAGGUUCUAAUCAAUUCAGAGAACCAGAUCUACGGAGUCAUCACUGAGUCGAAGUCUGGACGUCAAGCCAUUCUGGCAGAUCGAGUCAUUGACUGCACAGGAGAUGCGGAUGUGGCUCACCUCGCUGGCUGCAAGUAUUCCGUGAUCGACAUUAGCCAAUCGUUGGGUGUGACAACCGUUUUCAACGCAGUGAAUGUGGACGUGAGCAAGUUUAAGGACUACACAUCCAGGAAUCCUGCCACCUACAAGGAUUGGAGUCGAACUUGGGAACAGACCACCUCGGGCAAGGAGGAGCAUCUGAAAUCUCCAUACCUUGACCGUGAGUUUGAAAAGGCUGCUGAGGCCGGAGUCAUCCCCGAAGACAAGAUCGGAAACUUUGGUGGAAGUUGGUCGGCCUUAUCAGAUGCUGGAGAGGCUACGAACCUCAAUCUGGUGCACAAGAAAGGAGUAGAUGCAACGUGUGUGAGGAGCCUUACGGACGCAGAGAUAGAAGGGCGUCAAAAUGUGAUGCAUGCUCUUGAUGCACUGCGGCACACUGUGCCUGGCUUCGAGAAUGCAAAGCUUCGAAACUUUGCAAUGACAGUCGGCACACGUGACUCCCGCAAGAUCAUUGGCAGGUACAACCUGACUGGUCAGGACGUUUGCAACCAAGCGCGCUUUGAAGACGCAGUUGGUAUUUUCCCUGAAUUCAUUGAUGGUUAUAACAUCUUAAUCCUCCCUACGACUGGUCGCUUCUUUCAGGUGCCAUACCGUUGCUUGCUGCCAAGCAGUGGCGCCGACAAUUUGCUGGUGGCCGGCCGUGCUGUGGCUGGCGACAGGGUUUCCCAUGCGGCCAUGCGAAACAUGAUGGCGUGCACCGUCACGGGCCAGGCUGCAGGCGUUGCAGCUGCAGUGUCUCUGCAACAGAACACUGUUGUGAAGAAUGUUGACGUUUCCGAUGUGCAGACAGAGCUUCAGAGGCAAGGCGUCCGCUUGAGCUGAGCCGAAAGUGUUCUUGAAUUCAAAACGAAUCGGACUCAUGAACCAACUUUUGCAGGC